CUUCCUUCAACUUUUUAAUGUUGUUCGUGGUAAAUUGAAGGGAUCACUGAGUGUCGCCUGCUUGUGGCAAGAUAUGUUUCUUUCUAAAUCGAGGUUUGUAUUGCUUACUUCAUGGACCUUCGCAAUUGGAACAUUGGUCGGCUAUUACGGGAGAAGACACUUGAAUGCAGUAGAGUUAGUACAAUUGCACAAACGUUUCAUACAAUACUAUUCUAAUGUCAGUCAACAAGAGGGAAAAGUAGAGGAAGUUCUGCGGAUGAACGGUUAUUAUUUCAAUGAAAAUUCUAAUAGAAUUUGUUCUCCUCGUUCUGAUAUCAUGUUUCUUAAAACACAUAAAACCGCUAGUUCAGCCGUCCAAAAUGUUUUGCUUCGAUAUGCAAACAAAGCUGAUUUAACAGUUGGAUUAUCGAAUACUCAGGAUAUAAGAUUUCAUUAUGGACAUAAAUUCCAAGCACAGUUUGUGGCACCUGCGGCAAAACCUAUUAAUAUAUUAUGUCAUCAUAUGGUCUUCAACUACCCAGAAUUACAAAAAGUUAUGCCAAGAAAUUCAGCUUAUAUCACGAUUCUAAGAGAACCAAGUUCGCUUUUCGAAUCUAUGUUCGAUUAUCUACAUUAUGAUAGUACGCCAUUUUCGAGAGUCCAUAAAAGACCAAAUUCGUUGGAAUAUUGGUUAAAUCACACUGAUUACUUCUUCCGUGGUAGAAAUGAUGGGCGAUUCUGGUGGUUUGCAAAGAAUGGAGUAUUUUUUGAUAUGGGUUAUGACAACUUGAGCGACGAUGACAAAUAUAUUCAACAAGCAAUUAGCGAACUUGAUAAAGUUUUCGAUCUUGUAUUGUUGUCUGAUUAUUUUGCGGAGUCGAUGUUGCUACUGAGAGAACAUUUAUGUUGGUCUAUUGAAGAUAUUUUAGCUUUGAAAAUAAAUGCGAGAGAUGCUCCUAUGACUCUGCUAACUGAUAGAGUAAAACAGAAAAUUUAUGAAUGGAAUAAAAUCGAUACAGCAAUUUAUCAACACUUUAAUAACACGUUUUGGAAAAAGAUUGAAGCGUAUGGUCAUGAGAGAAUGCAAGCAGACCUGAUAACUUUGAACAAAAUGAAUGCACAGUUACAACAUGAUUGCAUUGAUGUUGGCGCAUUGAGUAAUAAGUAUAUAAAAUAUGCAUCCGAUGGAGUUAAUGAUUCACUUGGUGUUGUAAUGAAAAAGUUUAACUUAAAAAAAUCAGCAAAAAAUAACCAAACUUGCAUCAAUUUAAUUAGAGGUGAAAAACCAUGGACAAGGGAAAUGAUGGCUCAAAGGAAAGUAGAAUGAUGAAAUAUUGCUCAUUCAUUAUUUGUCCAGAAAUUGGAAGGCUACUUCACAACAAUUGAUCAAUACUGCUCUCCCAUUUUUGUAUAGUCAAGCAUUAGAAAUUUAAUAGAUUACUAGAUGUUCUUUUUGUCUUUAUGUAGCUAAGUUUUUUGCUUAUUCUCUAAUUUGUGUUGCUAUUUUCGUGCAAUAUUCUGAUUAAAUCGGGAU